AUGGUAAGACCCCUUGGAAGAAAAAACAUCUCUCAGGACAUCCGUAAAGCCAUCGUCAUCGGCUUCAGAAGUGGAUGUUCCAAGGACGUGUUGGCGCAGCAGUUCACCUGCAGUAAACGCGCCAUUGAAAAAGUUUUGAAGCAAUUCCGGGAUGAGGUAAUAUUCAAAAAUAGUUUAUUUAUCGAGAAAAAUGUUUAGGGAGCCCUGAUGGAGCGAAAAUCGCCUGGAAGACCUCGCAUCACGUCGAAGAAUGUGGAUCGGAACAUUGUCCGAGCUUCAAGAGAAGAUCCCCAGAGGAGUUUUACCGAUAUUCAAAUGAUCGUAAAGUCUCCAAAUGAAGUCACGCCAUCCCUGAGAACCGUCAGAAGACGUCUCCAGCAUGCUGGGCUCCAUGGACGACGGCCAGCUAAGAAACCAUCGAUCAGCAAAAAAAAUAGGAUCGCCCGCGUUGCAUGAGCCAAAGCUCAUCUUCACUGGGGACGCCAGGAGUGGGCCAAUCACGUCUUCAGCGACGAAUCCAAGUUUAAUCUGUUCGGCACUGACGGUAUCAAGUGGAUUCGCCGUCCGGUUGGAUGUCGCUUCGAUCCCAGCUACCAGCUCCAAACCGUCAAGCAUGGAGGUGGUUCAGUGAUGGUGUGGGGAUGUUUCUCUGGGACUUCAAUCGGCCCCCUGAGAAGAAUUACGGGAAUCAUGGAUCGAUAUGUCUAUGAAGACAUCUUGGAAAAGACUAUGAGACCCUGGGCACGGUCUAAUGUGGGACAGGCGUUCGUAUUUCAGCAAGAUAACGAUCCCAAGCACACCUCGAAGCACAUCAAGGACUGGUUCCGACGCCGCCACGUGAAUCUUCUGGACUGGCCCAGUCAAUCUCCGGACUUGAAUCCGAUCGAGCACCUCUGGGAGCAUGUCGAGAGACAACUCAGAGGGAUCCGUGCAUCGAAUGCCAAUCAGAAAUUCGAUCAACUCCAGUCUGUCUGGCAGGCCAUUCCGAUGUCAGUGAUCCACACCCUUCUCGACUCCAUGCCGAAAAGAUGUCAGGCGGUCAUCGACGCCAAAGGCUACCCAACAAAGUAUUAA